UAGCAAUUAAAUUCAUAUGCCUCAGCGCUUGCAUUGAGCCUAAGGAUUUGAGAUGGAAGUUUCGCGUAGUGUGAGUGUCCUGUCUGACUUCGAUAUAGGAAAGCAGCUCGGUCGUGGAAAGUUCGGAACUGUUUUCCUUGCUAGAACAAAAAAAUCACAUUUCCCAUGUGCAAUAAAAGUUAUAUUUAAAAAACAAAUCGUGAAAAACAAAUUAGAGCACCAAAUUAGACGUGAAAUAGAGAUUAUGUGUCAUCUGCAACAUCCUCACAUUCUUCAACUUUACACAUAUUUCCAUGAUCACAAGAGAAUUUAUUUAGUUCUUGAAUAUGCCUUCUUAGGGCAAAUGUAUACUGAGCUGCGGAGACUCGGACGCUUUAGCGAGGCACGUUCAGCUACAUACAUAUACCAGCUGUGCGAUGCACUAAUCUACUGCCACCGGAUGAAAGUAAUCCAUCGGGAUAUCAAACCUGAAAAUCUACUCAUCGGUUUUCAUCAAGAACUAAAGCUGUCUGACUUUGGAUGGGCUGUGCACGCCCCAUCACUCAGG